GGCGUUCGUUGGGCUGCUGUUUCGCGGUGCCUUUUCUUCAGGCCCCUGCGCUCGGCAGCUCCUCUUGCCAUGGCGAGCACAGCUACAUACCAAGAGUUCCUGCCUCAUGCCGCUAACGGCACCAAGCCCACGGAGCUCCUAUGCGAAGUGACGGCGGGUGGUGGAUUACCACCCGCGUUGCAUUGCCGUGGAGCGGUGGACGACCAGCACCAUGGUGCUGGGACACCGUUGGAGGGCGAUGUACAAAGUAAGAUCGAUGGUCAACAGCCAGAGGAGACUCUGCUUCAAAAACAAGGUCCUGGAGCUGUGCAAUUUCUUCUCCACGUAGAUGCCGAUGUCGACAGCAAGCACAGUGAGACGACUGCAGUGUACAUCGCUUUACAGUCGAUCGACAAGACGGGCGGUGCAUCCGCGCUGUUCCUGGCAUCGAAGAAUGGAAUCGACAAAGCGGCGUCCCCCUUCGGCGCCCAAAGUGCGAACGGAGCCGUGGACACGAAGGAGACCCCCAUGUUCACCAGCCAAGGUGGUCAUACAGCGGUGCAGCAUCUUCAAGCAGAUGGAGAUGUCAACCAAGGCGAUAAAGAUACGACCCCUUGGGACCGAGCUGUCCAGGAACAGCACGAGCAGCACACUGACGUGUUCAGACAGUUGCUGGAUGCGCAAGCUGAUGGGAAUCCACAAGAUGUGAACAGGGCCAUGCCACUCUUCACCACCUUUCAGAAAGGCUUCAACGACACUGUGAAGGAAAUCUUUGAGAACAUCGAUCCCAAGAUGUCCAUCGGGAUCAAGGUCGAUGACUCGCUGGAAGCAAGUCUGGAUGUGAAGAAGGCAACGUGCCUCGAACGUGUGGAGGAACUGUGGUUGCCAAGCUUUGAAUCAAGUCACUCGAGUACAAGAACUGACCAGGUCGCGGCAGAAAGUGGGAAAACCACACAGCUGAAGGCCGAUGACUCCGACUCCAGUGACCUUGGGCCUUUUGAAGCAGAUGAGAAAGAUGUAAAGCGCGAGGAACGCAACUUCCACGUGCCUCUUCAGGCCGCAAGUUGUGAAGAUACGGAAGACCCCUUUGCCGCUGCCAUGGGUGGGCAAAGUGUGAGCUCUCCAAAUGACGAGGUAACGUCCUCGACAACACCACUUGGGUGUUGCGACGAGGAGACCUGGCCUCCAGAUUUUGUGACCCACUCUUGUUCUGCAGACGCCUCUGCGUCAGUUACAGACAUUUAUUGCCAGGCUUUACCGCACUAAGGACAGUAUAGUGCAAUGACAUGCAUUUAAAGAUCUUGCUCCCUGGAGCCAAAGCAUGAUCUAUCCAAUUAGUUCUUUCGGACUCUGCCGGAUAUCUAGAACAACCAGUUUCUGAUGGUUGGGCAGGCCUUGUACACAUUGCUGGCCGAACUGCUCCCAACCAGUGGUUUUCAGAUUUCAGGAAAGAGGCAUGUUCGAUUUUGACUGCA